AUGCCUGUGGGCAAACAAGUAUCCCAAUUACUAUCAUUAAAAAAGAUGGCUCCCAUUACUAAACAUUACGAAUAUCUGGUAAUCGGAGGUGGUUCCGGUGGUGUUGCAUCCAGUAGAAGGGCAGCUUCAUACGGAAAGAAAACGCUACUUAUCGAGGCGAAAGCCAUGGGAGGUACAUGUGUGAACGUAGGAUGUGUUCCCAAGAAGGUUAUGUGGUAUGCCUCGGAUUUGGCAACUCGCUUGACGCAAGCGAACGAAUACGGACUUUUCCAAGACAAUAAGCUAACUCGUGAGAAACUAACGUUCAAUUGGGCUCAGUUUAAAGAGAAAAGAGAUGCUUAUAUCAAGCGUUUGAAUGGAAUUUAUGAACGCAACCUGGCCAAAGAAGGCGUGGAUUACAUUUACGGCUGGGCCAAGUUCAACCAGGACGGUAACGUUGAAGUCACGACGCACGACAACAGUAAGCAAGUGUACACAGCAGACAAGGUCUUGAUUGCAACCGGUGGUACACCUAUCAAGCCGGAUGGCAUUGAAGGUUAUGAACUGGGAAUUGAUUCUGAUGAUUUUUUCAAGCUCGAAAAACAGCCCAAAAAAGUUGUGGUUUCCGGUGCAGGCUACAUCGGUGUUGAGCUUGCAGGUGUUUUCCAUGGUCUAGGUACCGAGACUCACAUGGUUAUCAGAGGUGAGACCUUGCUGAGGAAGUUCGAUGACUCCAUUCAAAAUACCAUCACCGACCAUUACGUUAGCGAAGGGAUUAACAUUCACAAAAGCGCCAAAAUUACCAAAGUGAAGAAAGACGAAAGCAGCGGUAAAUUGAUAAUUUCCUUGGACAAUGGAGAGACUAUUCAGGAUGUGGACGAAUUGGUAUGGACUAUUGGUCGUAAGACUCAAUUGGGCUUUGGUUGUGAACACGUUGGAGUCAAACUCAAUGACAGAGAACAGGUCAUCGUGGAUGAAUAUCAGAAUACAACGGCACCCAACAUUUACUCAUUAGGCGACGUCGUGGGUAAGGUUGAGCUGACUCCAGUUGCGAUUGCAGCCGGCAGAAAGUUAUCGAAUAGACUUUUCGGUCCCGAGAAGUUUGCGAACCAAAAACAGGACUAUGAAAAUGUGCCAAGUGUGGUUUUCUCACAUCCUGAAGCCGGUACGAUAGGUUUAACUGAAAAAGAGGCUAUUGAGAAGUAUGGUGAGGAAAAUGUCAAAGUUUACAAGAGCAAAUUCACGGCCAUGUACUACGCCAUGCUAGAACAUAAAUCGCCCACGUCCUAUAAAUUGGUGUGCGCGGGCCAAGACGAGAAAGUCGUUGGUUUGCAUAUCGUUGGUGACUCAUCGGCUGAAAUUUUGCAAGGUUUCGGAGUUGCAGUCAAGAUGGGUGCUACAAAGGCCGAUUUCGACUCCUGUGUUGCGAUUCAUCCCACCAGCGCAGAAGAAUUGGUGACUUUGACAUAA